UCGCCCCGCAGGGACCUUUCCCACGCGGACCCUCCUGUACGGACCCCACGGACGUGCCCACCCCGAGGUGCGGGGACGCAGCCACGUCUCCAGCGUGGAUCCCCGCGUGGGCCACCUCGAGGGACGCCCAGGUGUCCGGCCCCGCUUCCACCCCUCGCAGACCCAACCCCAGUGCAUCCUGGUGGGGUGGGAGCGAUGUCAGCCAACAACGCAGCACCGGCACGAGAAGAGCUGCAGCAGAGCGUGGUGGUGCGGGUGGCCAACCUGCCCCUGGUGAGCUCUGCAUGCAGCACCGUGUCCAGCGCCUACAACUCCACCAAGGGCAGCCACCCCUACGUCCGCUCCGUGUGCGAUGCUGCUGAGAAGGGGGUGAGGACUCUGACAGCAGCGGCCGUCAGUGGGGCGCAGCCCAUCCUCACCAAGCUGGAGCCACAGAUAUCCACUGCCAAUGAAUACGCGUGCAAAGGGCUGGAUAAGCUGGAGGAGAAGCUGCCCAUCCUGCAGCAGCCCACUGAGAAGGUGGUGGCGGGGACCAAGGAGUUGGUGUUGUGCACAGUGAUGGGUGUGCGGGAAGCAGUGAGCGGUGCCGUGGGAAUGGCCUAUGGGGCGGUGAGGGGCGGCGUGGAGAGGACGCAGCGGAUGCUGAGCUGCAGCAUUGGCACCGUUGUGGGCACCCGGCUGGGUCAGCUGCUGGCAAAUGGGACCGACACAGUGCUGGAGAAGUCGGAGGAGCUGAUGGGGCAUUACCUGCCUGGGAUGGAUGGGGGGCCGGCAGGUGGCACCGGGGUGACCUCACGGGAGCAGCGGCGACGGCGGCAGAGCUGCAUGGUGCGCGUGGGUUCGCUCUCAGCCAAGCUGAAGCACCGCGCGCUACGGCGGUCACUGGGAGAGCUGCGGUGGGCUCAGCACAGUGCCCAGCAAGCCCUGAGCGGCCUGCAUCGCAUCAUCGAGCUGGUAGAGCAGGGCUCAUUGCACAGCGCCCGGCAGCACCUGCACCGCAUGUGGCUGGAGUGGAGCCUGCAGGACGACGCGCCCAUGGAGGACCACCAGGUGGAGGUGAGGACCAUGGCCAUGCUGCGAGGGCUCCUGCGGCAGCUGCGGGCCGCCUGCGCCCACCUCCCCAUCCGCGGGCUGCCGAGGGGCGUGCAGGACACAGUAGGGCACGUGAGGCACGGCGUGGAGGGAUUGCACAGCUCCCUGUCCCGCGCUCGCUCCUUCCAUGACCUGUCUGGCAUGGUGCUGGAGCAGAGCCGGCAGCGCGUCCUGCAAGCGCAGCUGAGCAUCGAUGAGCUCCUGGAGUACGUGGGGCAGCACGCGGCCCUGCCCUGGAUCGUGGGACCCUUUGCCCCCGUCCUCGUGGAGUACCCGGAGGACUGCCCCAUUGAGAUGGCUAAGUGGGAUGGCUGCGUGUGCGUGGGACACGGGGUGAGCGCCGAGCCCAACGGCUGCGCAGAGGGAAGCCAACCCCAAUGGGGCCAGCAGCAGGAUGGACUCGGUGGCCCGGCGUGGGACCCGUGAUGGACGCAAGGGGAUGGUGGCACGUGGAAAACGCCCGUCUCGCCCGUGUCCCCGAGCCCAGAUGGAGUCAGGAUUCCUUGUCUUAGCAGCUUUCAGAGCACGUGAAAGAGAGCAAAUCAAACCAAACAACCCCCAACCCGGCGCUGUGUGCCUC